AUGUUGCAUCAUUCAAAGAUGAUUAAAUGGCUAACAAUGACAUUUCACGAGUUGAAUCGACAUUUUACACGUUUUUGGGUUCAUCAUCGACACAUUGUUUCCUGUAUACAUCUCUGCUCAACUGCAUUUAUAACUGACGGUUUUCAAAAGCCGAGCAUUUAUAUUUGUUCAAACCACAAUCGGGGUGUGGUUAGCGAGGAACUCGGUUUCAUUCAGCUCGGCUGCGCAAAUCGUCCAGCUGCAAAACCACGGCAACGAACCAAUACAAACGACGUCUAUGGUGAAAGAAGCCAAGGAGAACCACCAACAUGUCAAGAAUGCCGUGACAUCGGAAUUACGUCCUCAAGAAAUGAUGGAGAAUAUAUUCAAGAUUUUACCUGUAAUGUCGAUCGUCUGCCUCGUAUGCGCAACGGGUCAACAACAUCUUACGGAGUUAUAUUUACUGCACUAAACUGCGGAAUCGUCGUAGAUUUUAUGCCCAUUAAUCUUAGUGAACAAAUGAGUUCGAGUAUGUCAUUUGAAUGUGGUGAAUGUACUCCCGCACAGAUUGAGCGUGCACGACAAAGUUACAAUCGUGCAGUGACUCUUCGCCAAUUGUCUGUUCAGAAGACCCAGUCGCUCAACUAUUGGAUUAAACAUGAUUUCUCUAAUGCUGAUCAAACCAUAUGUAUGAGCGAUGCAGAAAAACAAAUCAAUGGAGGGCCUUCAAUUGAAUGUCAUUGUUAUGAGUUCCCAGAUGAAGAAUUAUUAAAGGUCACGCUGAAAUGGGAAAGCGAUCAAAGAUCACUUAUUGAUUUUACUGAAACAAGUGCUAAUACGAACGUCAUACAGACACCAUACAAUAAUGCACUGAUUAAAAUAUCAUAUCCGUUGAUAGAUUUAAUGUACGAUGAGACGCAAUUAGCACGUACAGAAGACCUUUCAAUGCCCGCAGAAUUACUGAACGGUUCUGUUCUAGAUCCACAAUUGAGCUGGAGUGUCAGUAAACGUGAACUAUCAAGUUCAAUAUCAAACACAUGCGAGCCCUGCAUCAAGAAAAUACGACAAGAAAAUGCCACUGAUCCAUUUGCUCAAAUUGUCGAUGAAAUGACACGAGCAUUAGCAGCACCACUGAUCUCAGCCACAAGCAACGCUAACGACAGUUCUAACGAUUCUGAUUUUGAAAGUUAUUAA